AUGGACAGCUCUCAGGCGCCGCUUAUUGCGGGCAACCGCGACGACGAGGAGCUCGAGUAUGAUGUCGCCGAGGGGUCUCCCGUCGAGCCCGGCAAGUCGGGGAGUGAGAGGCCUACGGUGUUUGUGUUGGCUUUGACUUUUGCUGCUUAUGAUACCGGCGUCGUGUCGGCUACCCUCGUCUCCAUCGGAACGUCCCUCUCGAACCGCGAACUGACCUCGAUGGACAAGUCGAUCAUUACAUCCUCGACGUCCCUCUUCGCUCUUAUUAUUUCGCCCUUUUCCUCUGUCCUCGCUGAUCGUUUCGGCCGAAAACGCGUCAUCCUCUAUGCCGAUGUUCUCUUCGUUGUGGGAGCCAUCCUUCAAGCAUGGUGCUCUACGGUUUUCACCAUGACCAUUGGGCGAUGUAUCAUCGGUGCGGCAGUUGGCGCUGCGAGCUUUGUCGUACCGCUAUACAUUGCUGAGGUCGCACCCGCAGCACAUCGCGGACGGCUGAUUACAACCAACAUCAUAUUUGUCACGGGCGGCCAGGUGAUUGCAUACAUCAUCGGAUGGCUGUUCUCAACCUACGGCUCUGAACAGACGGGAUGGCGAUGGAUGGUUGGUCUGGGUGCUCUGCCGGCUUUAGUUCAGGGCGGCAUGAUUGCUUUCAUGCCCGAGACGCCACGCUGGCUUGUCAAGGUCGGCAGAUCCGUGGAAGCCAAGAACGUGAUCCAGCGGGUGAACGGCGGCGCAUCACAACAUGACGCAGAUGCGGUGGUCAGAGAGAUUGAGCUGGAGGCGCGGGAAGAGUACGAGGCGCAACGGCUACGGGAUCACCAAACGUCUGGCCGAUGGAAGCGGCUGGGUGCAUGGGAAGCUCUGUUCAGCGAGGGGAGGAACCGUCGAGCGCUGGCUAUCGCUUGUCUCCUCCAAGGCUUCCAGCAGCUUUGUGGUUUUAACUCACUCAUGUACUUUUCUGCAACCAUCUUUACGGCUGUUGGGUUUGAGAGCCCAACUCUUACCUCGCUGGUGGUAGCAGUCACCAACUUCCUUGGCACUGUUGCUGCCCUGGGACUUGUUGAUCGUAUUGGACGCCGAAGGGUGCUCCUCUAUUCGAUCCCUUUCAUGAUCAUCGGCCUGUUGCUGUCGGCACAUGGUUUCUCGUUCAUGACACUUGCUCAGCCAUCAGAGAAGAAGGAUCCUCCUGCUACCGCUGGACACGAGGCUGCAGCCAUCACGAUUCUCGUGGCCAUCAUGAUCUAUGUCGGAGCGUACGCGCUGGGCAUGGGCAACGUGCCGUGGAUGCAGAGUGAGCUAUUCCCCCUGGCUGUUCGAUCACUGGGAAGUGGAAUAGCGACAGCUACAUGCUGGGGAGCCAACUUUAUAGUCGGUCUGACAUUUCUUCCGCUGAUGGACCUGAUGAGUCCGUCAUGGACAUUUGUCCUGUACGCAGUGGUAUGCUGCAUUGGUUACUUUAUGGUUUGGAGAAUCUAUCCUGAGACGGCAGGGUUAACUCUAGAAGAAGCGACGGCGUUAUUGGAUGAUGGGUGGGGAGUACGAUGA